AGUGACAUUGACAAUGACAAAAUUCGGUAAGAUACAUAACCUCGAAAAUACUCGAAAUAUUUACAAAUUUGAUUUCUGUUUUCUACUAUCGUAACGUAAAAUAAUAAAAUUUAAAGCUUUUGAAUUGCAAAUAUUAAACUAUACAUAAUAAAUAAUGGCAAGUAGCCGAUUAGAGAGAAUUGGAACCAUUUUGACGAGAGUGGAAGGACUUAUGAAACAUGGAGGGAUAAAACCGGAUGAUAGACCACUUUGGUUCGACGUCUACAGAGCUUUCCCGCCCAUCACAGAACCAAAGUUUGCCAGACCCAAACCUGAAAUCAAGCCAAUCAGACAGAUUCUUUACAAAGAAGAUAUUAUUCGAGCGGAAUUCCACUCCAUGGGUCACGGUACCGGAGCAGUAAACAUGCUCAUCCCAGGUGGAGAGACACAAACGAAACGGCUAUUGCAUCAAUAUGAAAAGCUGAAAUCGGAAGGAGUUCCCGAAGAGGAACUGAUACAGAAAUCUGCCGCCAUCGUAGAGUCUGAUCGGCAAGAAGCUAUCGCGGCAAGGUCGAGCAAAAUUGUCGCGAAGAAUCCAGAAUCUGCUACCGCCAAAGUACUCGCUGAAGCAGACUUGAAAAAUAUCUUUGAGGAGAAAUAAAAUGUGCACUUAGUCAGAAUGAGAUGUUGUAACUAGAUUAAUUUAAAUAAUAUAGAAUGUUAUGUAAUUUUUA